UAUUCAUCCCUGUGUCGAUUUAUUGAUUCCCGCACUCGAAAUGGACAAUCCAAACGAGGACACGGAGUGGAAUGACAUUUUGAGACAGCACAAGAUUUUGCCUCCGAAGAAAGAGGCUGAAAUAAGCGAAGAGCAGUUGACGGGAAUGUUAGAAGAGACAAUCAGGGAGAAACAAGGUGGUGGGAUGGCUAUAGAUAGUAUGGGAUUGGAUGAGUUGGACGAGCUUGAAGACGAGGAGGACGAGAGAGUGCUAUUGGAGUACAAGAAGAAACGGUUGGCAGAGAUGAAGCUGGCACAAGCAAGAAACAAAUUUGGAGAACUGGUUGAAAUCACUGGACAUGAAUAUGUCCAGCAAGUGAACAAAGCGGGUGAAGGAGUCUGGGUUGUUCUUCACCUCUACAAGCAAGGGAUUCCCCUGUGUAGUCUUAUCAAUCGUCAUCUCACCCUUCUUGCCAAAAAAUUUCAGGCGACAAAGUUUCUAUGCAGCAUUUCAACAACAUGUAUACCCAACUUCCCAGAUCGUAACCUUCCAACCAUCUUUGUCUAUCUUGAAGAAAACAUUAAAGGGCAAAUAUGCGGCCCAAUGGAGUUUGGAGGAAUGAACCUAACACAAGAUGAGUUGGAGUGGAAGUUGUCAGCAAUCGGUGCGCUGAAGACCGAGCUCGACGAGAACCCGUGGAAAAAGCGUCAAAUCCACGACGUCAUGAGAGGCAGCAUCCUGGGCACACGACGAGAAGACGCCGAUGACGACGAUUGAGCGUGCUCUUGCUGUAAAUUGAUUCUAGCGUUGGUGGCGGCACAUUUAUGUAAUAAGAUGAGAACGGUAUCGACGGUCACCUUCCAAAAACGCGUACACACCUCGUCAGAUGUCCUUUCUUGCUUCUGUUUAUAUUACAUACAUCUCAGUGUGGA